UCGGGCACAACAUCCUAGCACACCUGAAAAAAUAGUCCUCAGUCGAGAUUUGAUUUCAUAGCAGUAACAUCAAACACUAGUAUAAAAUGAGCGGAAUAUUUAACAUUUUUGGCACUGUUUAUCAAUUGGCUGCCUCUGCUGCGAACACAAUCUUCUUCAAGCGCUUAAGCGAUGAGGCAUCAGUGCAAUAUGACCAAACCCAGGAACUGAACACUGACAAUGCGGAUGAGGAGAUGCCGGAUGAACAAAUUGAAUUGCCUACCUAUAAGCCGGUGAGGGAGUUGCGCCGCAGCGCACGCCUGAGGGAGAAGAAGCGGGAAAUUCAUUGCGUCUGUGCCGAAGUUGAUGGCCAAUUUCACAAGCUCUACGAACUACCCUACUACGUCGUGAGUCCUUCGGCCGAUAUGAAGCAGGCCAAGCGUCGGGAAGCAGCUCGUCAAAAGAUGAGGAAUAGGAGCCCAGGCCCAGAAGCUUGACUCAAAGUAAACGGCGUACGAAAGAGAGAGACACACACGCGCAUACGACCUUUUUUUUUUAGAUAAGUUAUUAGCAGUUAAUUAAUUUAAUUUAUUGUUAUUAUUCAAAAUUCUCUAUUCGAGUUAAUCCUUGAUUCAAAAUUCUGCUUUGAUACUUAUGUAAGAGUUUUCAAGAAACAAAUCAAAUUGCGGGGAGAUGAGCAAUUCUAGUGUUUAUUUUCAAUAUUUGACAGUCUUCUCUGCAAAGGGAAACUACAAGAGCUAGAGUUAGAGCAUUAAAAGUGCUAUAGAACGAAAAUAGGAGAAUCCAUAAACUGGAAUGAGUUAUUUGUGUCGUAAGGCUAAGCUAGAACCUGGCUUUUGUUUGGUAUUAUAAUCCCAAAUAACAUACAUGUCUCCACAAAUUUGAAUACUUUCUAUGUUUUGAAAUAAAAAAUCAAUUUCCAACCAA